UAGAUAGAGAGGGGAGAGGAGAAGAGAUUUAAAAAAAAUAAAAGGAAGAAAGACAGCGAGGGUGGGAGGGAGAGAGAAAUAGAAAAAAAAAAGAAAGAUGUCGUCCUCUCGUUUGAAAAGCCGAGGCGAAGCUUUGGAUUGCGGCCGAUCGGGAACUCUCUAGUUAGGGACACGAUUUUACGCAACACCGAGGCUUUGGAAUCCACCACCGCUUUGGCCUCUCGGAGCUAUCGAAAUAAAUGACUCUUCGUCCACGUAUUUACAAACAACUGCGGACUUAUUAUUAUUACUUUUUAUAUAUUUUUCGUUAUUUGUAAUAACCAAAUUCUGCAUGGAUUUGAGAAUAGGAUUUCUUCUUAGGCUAUAAUAUAAAUAUACAAUGUAAAUUGCAUUGUAAAUGCAUCAUUAAAAGCAUGCAUCAACCAUUUUGUCGCAUUUUAGUUAUAAUAUCAUGUUGCAUCCUUUCGUCCCACACCAUAUAACAACAUUUUAGUUGAACAUUAUCAUUACUGUGAUAUAAUAUUGUCAUAUGGCUGACAGCCUUUCAAAAUUGAUCAUUCAUCUUCAAUAAUAAUUUAUGCUAUUGAAUGCACCGCGAUUUAAACUUUCACACAGAGAUAUUCACCUUUGAUAUCUGAAACUGCAGAGAGGAAUUAGGUAGACUGCAGACAUUAUAGCAGGUGGAGUGAUUCAUCAGUUGGCCCCAGCCUAUGGUUGGUUGGCCACCAAGUCUCAGGCGGAUAUAUAUUUCUAGUUUUGACUCUUGGACUAAAAGUAUCUGACAUCAUCCUGCUUCAAAAUGGAUUCUUCUUGGAGUAACUUUCUGUUUCAGACUCCGCCCUCACAGACCCAGUCUGAGACAGCCCUCCGAUCAGAGCUGCUUCCGGACAUGACUGGCUCCGCCCAGAACCCCCCUACAGAGCACAUAGCCCCGCCCCCAUCCACAGUGGACACAGCCGCCCUGAAUGAAGAGCCUUUACCUGAGAAGGCCGUCUCCAAGCCUGGCCGGCCGACACACAUCUGCGCCACAUGUAACAAGCAGUUUAAGAACAACUACAACCUCCGGCGCCAUCAGUCGGUGCACACUGGCAUCAAAAUGAAGGACAGAGCAGCCAGAGAGAGGGAGGACGGGAGCAAGGGAGGAGGAGGGGGGCGGCAAACAAUCCCUCUCUCCCUCCUCCACCUCUCUCUGCCCUCUCAUCCUCCUCCCGCAGAAUCCCUCCCCCAUCCCUCCCCACAUGGAAACCAGGAGGGCCAACCUGUUGCGGUGUCCAUCGCCCCAGCGACCGUCACCAUGGCUGCGCCCCAGGUGCUCCAAGCUGCAGUUGUGGUUGCCGGGACAAUGGUACAGAACCAGAACCAAGGGCCUCAACCCUACCCCAACCCUAGCCCCAACCAGGUGAGGAAGAACCAUGCAUGUGAGGCCUGUGGGAAGGCCUUCCGAGAUGUGUACCACCUGAACCGCCACCGGCUUUCCCACUCGGACGAAAAGCCCUACCACUGCCCAAUCUGCCAGCAGCGCUUCAAGAGGAAAGACCGCAUGAGCUACCAUGUACGCUCACACCAAGGAGGGGUGGAGAAACCUUACAUCUGCCCCCACUGCGCCAAGGGAUUCUCACGACCCGACCACCUCAACAGUCACGUCAGACAGGUGCACUCCACUGAGAGACCCUUCAAGUGCCCGACCUGCACGUCUGCCUUCGCCACUCGGGACCGUCUCCGUGCCCACCUGAUUCGACAUGAGGAGAAAGUGCCGUGUCACAUCUGUGGCAAGCUCCUCUCUGCCGCCUACAUCACCGAUCAUAUGAGGGUCCACAACCAAUCACAGCACCACGCCUGCCACCUGUGCAACCGCAGCUUCACCACCCUCACCUAUCUGCGCGUCCACGCUCAGAAACACCACGGCCAGGAGUGGAAGGAGAGCGGCGGGACGCGGGGCAUGUUCGGCGGGGCCGGUGCCGGCGGGGUGCUGCUGUGCCAACUGUGUGGGGUGCAGUGCAAGACACCCACCCAGCUCCAGGGCCACAUGGGCACCCACGCCGUCACCCAGGUCCAGGGCGCCCCCAGCCCCAGCAGUAGCCCCGCGGGGACCGGUACCAUGGCUGUAGCCGUGUCUCUGUCAGGCAGCUCAACCGUGGGCCUGCUGGUCACUGACUGCUCCAGCAUCGCCACCCAGCCUCUCAGCUAGCAGCCAGGCCCAUUGGAGAGA